ACAAGCCCAUUUUCCCUAUAUAAAUAUCACAUCACCUCCUUUUCUCCCGUUCGAAAGCAGCAACUCUGUAAGUCUCUUGUGGGUUUGUUGCAGAGGACGAAAUGGAGAGGGAGAUUUUCGACAAGGGAACAGAGGUCGAAGCUUUCUUCGACGACCCGGCCUUAAGGGGUGCAUGGUUUACGGCUACCGUCGUCCGAGCGCCGGGAAGGGACGAGACGAUACUUCUUGAGUUCCAUACUUUACUGGCCGAAGGAAAACGCAAGAAGCGGUUGCAAGAGAGGCUUAAAGUUGUCAAUGUAAGGCCUGCACCUCCUCGUGAAGUAUAUCGGACAUUCGAGAAGGAUGAAGAGGUCGAUGCCUUUUACGAUGAUGGGUGGUGGGAAGGAGUGAUCACAAAGGUUCAUGGGAACGAUAGGUUUUCUGUUUACUUCAAGUGUAGCAAGGAACAACACAUUUUCCAUGCAUCUGCCCUGCGUCUCAGUCGUGAGUGGGUUGAUGAUGGUUGGGAUCCUGCUCUUGAAGAAGUCGACCAGCCUGUCUUACCGGAACCAGAGGAGUGUAACGUGCCAAAACCGGAGCAUUCAUCAAAAAAGCGUUCAUCAAAGUCGAAGAACGUCUUGUCGAAACCAGAGGGGAGUAAUGUGCUAAAACCGGAGGGUCCAUCAAAAACGCGUUCAUCAAAAUCGAAGGUGAAGUUUGACAAGAGUGUCUUGUCGAAACCAGAGGGAAGUAAUGUGCUGAAACAGAAGGGUUCAUCAAAAAAGCAUUCAACAACGUUGAAGGUGAAGUUUGAAGAGAGAGCACAGGUGGAGAUCAGCAGUGAUGACCAAGGUUAUGUUGGUGCUUGGUUUGUUGCAACCUAUGUCAAAAGAGUAGGGAACAAUCACUUGGUUGAGCAUAAGCACUUCUUCACAGAGGAUGAUGGGACUGAGCUCUUAAAAGAAGAGGUGGAUGCUCAGCACAUCAGGCCUCUUCCUCCUGAGAUUCUGGUGGAUGAUAGUUUCAAACGUCUCGAAGAAGUCGAUGCUUGGUACAAUGAUUCUUGGUGGGUGGGUGCAAUCUCCAAAGUUCUUGGCAAUUCAAAGUACGUGGUCUACUUCAGGAACACGAAAGAAGAAAUGGUGUUUGAGCAUUCUAAAUUGAGGCAUCAUCAGGAUUGGAUUGGUGGCGAAUGGGUUAGAGCUUCCCAGGAUUUAACUUUGUGAUUGUGGAUGAAGUAUGGGAAUUUUGUACGGCAACCUUCCAUCUUGUGAGUCUGUGACACAAUCUGUUCCUCCAUCUCCAGGCUCAUCUUUACCGCUGGUGAUUCUAGGCUGUUUGGAUUGUUAGGAUAUCAUUGCUGCAUACCUGGUCAUGGGUUUUUGAAAUUAUGACCCCUCAUGUAUUGUCUCACAAUUUCUAUAGAAUUUGGCAGUUACCUUGGUUCCUCUUGCCAACCCCUCAACAUGUUCACAAACUUGACAUUGAAGGCACCCGUAACUAUGAUAAACUGGUCUCCUACAAGGGAAGAUUCUUUGUAAUGUGCUUCAUUCACAUGGGAAAUUUAUGUGCAAAACACUUACAAUUCUCCAACUAUGAUUGCUUUACUGUUUCA